AUGGUCGUUUUAGCCGCAUCCAUAUGCUCACGUGGCGGCAAAGCCAUCAUCUCGCGUCAAUUCCGAGAUCUGCCCAAAGAGAAGGUCGCCGGACUGCUGGCCAUCUUCCCCAAGCUCAUCCAGGGCUCCAAACAACACACAACCGUGGAGCACGACAAUGUUCGAUACGUUUACCAGCCACUGGAGGAGCUGUACGUGGUUUUGAUCACCAACCGUCAGUCCAACAUUCUGCAGGACAUUGAGACUCUGAGACUGCUAGUCCAGGUGGUCACUUCGUUGGUACGUGUCGUGGAUGAGCGGGAGAUUCUGCUGGCCGCAUUCGACCUGCUCGGCGCCUUUGACGAGGUGGUGUCCCAGGGCUACCGGGAAAACCUGUCUCUGCAGCAGAUCCAGACGUUUUUGGAAAUGGAGUCCCACGAGGAGAAGAUUCAGGAAAUCAUUGAGCGAAACAAGGAGCUGGAGGCCACCGAAGAUCGAAAGCGAAAGGCCAAGCAGCUGGAGAUGCAGCGAAAGGAGGCUGCCAAGCGAGGUCUGCCCGGAAACGCUGGAGGUCAUGGAUCUUUCCAGGCCCCCGCCUUCCAGGCCCCCGCUCCUUCGUUUGUGCAACCCGCUGCUGCUCCCGCACCUAUCCCCGAGACAACCCACAAGCCCCGUGCUCCUCGAGGAAAGGGCAUGCAGCUCGGCAAGAAGAAGGGCGGAUUCGAUGACAGCCCCUCUGCUUCUCUGCUGGCUAACGCUGACAUCGCCGUGCCCACCCCCAAGUCAAAGCCGCAGCAGCAGACUGCCCCCGCAGCAGCAGCUCCCUCUGCCUACAAUCCCGAGGUCCAGGGCGUUCAUCUCACUGUCGCCGAGGUUGUCACCGCGACUCUCGGUCGAGACGGCUCUGUUAAGAGCGCUGAGGUCAAGGGAGACGUACAGCUGAGAAUCGGCAACCCCGACCACACAAAGAUCCGAAUCGCGCUCGAGGCUAACGCCCCCGGCGUCAAGUACCGAACCCAUCCCAACGUGGACAAGGCGCUGUUCUCCUCGCGCCAGAUCAUCGGUCUCAAGGACCCCUCUCGAGGCUUCCCCUCUAACGGCGCUGCUCUCGGCGUCCUGAGAUACUCUGCUAACGCACCGGAAGAGGCUGUUCCUCUGACCUUCAACUGCUGGUUUGCGAAGUCGGACCCCGGCUUCUACGACGUGACCCUGGAGUACGAGGUCUCUGAGGGUUUCACCGGCAAGAUGACCAACGUGUCUGUCAUUGUGCCUCUGGUCUCCUCCAACGCUCACAUCUCCGACUCCUCCAUCACCUGGGACCAGUUCGACGACCAUCUCGAGUGGAUCAUUCCUGAGAUCACUGCUGAUGGUGACACCUCUACCGGUGCCUUUGAGUUCACCGCUGAGGCCGACCAGGAGGACGAGUUCUUCCCCAUGGAGGUUUCCUUCACUCUCAACGACCCUGAGACCACAGUGGGCAACGUCAAGAUUCUCAACGUCUUCUCUGCCACUGCCGAGGACGAAAACAUCCCCUACCAAGAGGUGACCCGAGUGACGUCGGACAACUACCAGAUUGUUUAA